AUGCAAAAGGCCAUCUUGAUAUCCUGCUUAAUACUUCAACUGACUGCACUGUUCAUCAAUGCACAGGACACUGAUGAAUUGAAGACAGUUUUCGAAUUUCACAACAAAGUGAGACGUUCUGCUCUCAGUGGUGAAAUACCCAAUCAACCGAAAGCGAAAGAGAUGCCUGAGUUGACAUGGAAUGACAAGUUGGCAGAUUUAGCUCAACAACACGUUGAUAAAUGUGUCCUUGAAAAGAGCAAUCUUGAUGAGGUAAUCAUUGGCAAAUAUGACAAAGUGGGUCAAACUGUAGCAGAACACGAAUCAGUCCAAAAAAUAUUAGAUACCUGGUAUAAUGAACACAAAGAAUACAAGUUUGAUCAAAAUGAAUGCUCUUCAGAAUGUGGCAGUUACAAGCAGAUCGUUUGGGCUGCCACGAAGGAAAUCGGCUGUGGUUAUAAACUAUGUGGGAAGAAAGCGACGGUUGUAUGCAACUAUGCACCAGGAGCUGAAGAAGGAAAACCUUAUGAAAAGGCAUAA